AUGGAAAUGGAACAACGGAAAUACGCCAUCAAAGCUGAACACCGAGGUGAAGCACAGUACACCCGUCUGUCGAGGUAUCGCGUUACGGUCCAGGAAGACACGUACGGCUUCAGCGCUCCCACCAAGCGUAACUUUGCGAGUGACAUUGACAGUGCGUUAGGAAAUGAUGAUGAAUCUAUGAAAGAUUUUUUAUCUCGUGUGAUAUGCUCGACGUGUGCUACCGGAUUUCAUAGGAUGUGUACAAGUAUCAUCAGCUCGCACGAGGCGGCCAGCAAGCAGCGGGACGAGGCAAAGGGCGUCAUGGAGAAGCUGGGACACCAGACCAUAUGGGGUACACGCAUCCUCGAGAACCGUAACCACACCAUACAAACACUUGAUGACGCCGCAAACAACGUGAAGAGGCAGAUAUCCAGCAUCCGGCAGCAGAUCAAUGAUAUUCUUACUGCUCAAGAGGAACGUGCACUCGUGCAGCUAGAGGAUCUGAGGAAGGGCGAACUCGUGCAUUUCCAGCGAGAGGUGGAACGGACACAGGAAAUCGUGAACACCACAAAGAACGCGACAGUUGUCCUGCAAAACUCCAUGACUCACGGCACGGACGCGGACGUCCUCAUUACGUACAACAAAGCGAAGCGUGAGGCGCAUUACUGCGAGCGGAGCCUGAAGGAGGUCUCAAGGCACCUCAAAGACGUCAUUUUGGCCUUCUCGCCCGACAUGAGCCUCCAGAUGUUUUUGGGAACGCUGAAGGAAAUGGGGAAGUUUUCAUUGUCACACCAAGAUGUUCGUAUACCUCCUCCAUACACAGUGCGCGCUGAUACCAUUCUGAUUCCGGAAGAUCCGGUAGUUGAAAAGCCAGAUUCUCUAGACGAUUCAAACUGCACCGGUUUUAACCAGAAGGAAAGGCGGAAAAAGAAAAAUCCCGUAAAUCCAGAUUUGAAGAUCUUUCCGCCUUCUCCUUCGAUAACACCUGUUCCACAAGGUAAAACCCGUAGUAAUAUCCCACAAGGUCGCCUAGAGGCAUAUUUUAAGGUAAGAACGGCACAGGACCGCGAUAACUGCUGCAUCACAGGGGCGGAGUGUCUUCAUGACGGCCGAAUCGUUCUAGCAGAUCAGGUUCACAGGAAAAUCAAGCUGUACGAAAGCGAGUAUCGUUGGAUUGGUGAACGUGUGCUGUCCGCGCGACCUUUCGAUAUAGCAGCAAUUUCGCAAAGCGAGAUCGCGGUUACUCUGCCGCGAGAAAAGCGAUUUCUCUUGUUGCAAGUUCGCGAGACCGACAUAACCAUUCUUGCAGCGAUCCAAACCGGUGCAAAAUGCUGGGGCAUCUCCUACUCCAACUACAUGCUUGCCGUCUGUUGCUAUGACUCCCCACCCAGUGUGAAGCUCAUGUCACGUGACGGUCGCGAACUUAAAGUUAUCAGCAAGGACAAUGUUGGACACAAUAUCUUCUUCUUUCCCGAGUACGUGGUACUCGAUCGCACUGCCGGCUGCAUGUAUGUAACGGACCGUUUUAAGAAGACGGUCAUCGUACUGACGACGCAGGGUGAGAAAUUAUGGGAAGUCCGCUAUGACGGACUGAAGAUACCGAAGGGGAUCACGCUACAUGGCAACCGACUGUUUGUGGCCGGCAACAAGUCCCACAACGUUCUGAUGAUCAACACGGACGGCGAGAUCCUUGGUGAUGUAAUCACUGACGGCGUCACGAACCCUCACAAGCUGGUACUGGGGCCCGGCUCAGGUCGGAUGAUCGUUACGCAGUACAACAUAAGUCUCAUUGACGUGGAAAGAAAUACGAUCAAAGUGUUCACAAUGCCGUGGUAGAGACCGCUUUGUCGGUCGCAGUAGUCCUGUGACGUGACGUCUUAGCACGGACGAUG